AUGAGCCCCUUCACAGUUGUGGCAUUGGAGUUCCUCUUCAUUGGCACAUUUUAUUUUCUCCAAAAUGAGAGUAUAAAAUUUGGUCACGCGUGGUGUGUGAAGAAUGCAUACUUAGGGAAGGGGCAGAUGAACGCCAAAGGUAGAAAUGUGUUUGGCGAAGACAGACGGUGGUCUCUCAGUGCAAUAGGAGGCAUCUCCUUGGGGGGGAAAAACCACCGGCAAGGAAGCAACAUUCGCCAUGUAUGGCGCAUGAGAAGGGGAAAUGGCAUUGCUGUGGGGGCGGUCGAAGGGGAAGAGGGCCAAGCGUAUGAGCAGCCGGGAGGGGUUAUUGGUACUCAAGUAGGAGACCCCCCCAAGCUAGAGAAACCCCUCAACAACAACCUAGCCGAAACGGCUACUCCGAAGAGGAAGAGAAGAAAAACCAAAAGAGAAAUAAAAAAGGACGAGUAUGGAAUCCCAGAGGAGAAGCUAAACAUAAGAAGACAAAUCAACAGCAAAAUAAAAUCCAAGUACAAAUUCUGCAGAGUAAAGACAUACAGCGAAACUAUAAAUAUAAAUUACAAAAAAAAAAAGAUUUUAAGCAUCCAUGAAGGGAAAUUUAAGAAUAGAAGGAUAUACUCACCUGACACAUACACAAGGCCAAUGAUGAGCAAGGUGAAAGAAUCUCUGUUUAGCAUUUUGUCCCACUUGGGUAUAUUUAGUAACUCCAGCAUGAACGUCCUAGAUGUAUUUAGUGGGAGUGGAAACCUGGGCAUCGAGUGCAUUUCGAGAGACAUACCUAACGUAACCUUCGUCGACUUGUCACUCAAUAGCUGCAAAACUAUUUACGAAAAUUUAAAACUCUGUAAUAUCAAUCAUUCCUACAAUCAAAUAAUAAGAGCAGAUGCUAUGGAGCUGCUAAAGUGUCCUUUGAAGUUUCACAUCGCCGAUAAAUUUCACUUAGCUUUUUUCACUCCACCGUAUGAACAGAUUGUGUACAGUGAAUUGAUACAGAAUAUUUCUAACAGUGAACUCUUCCACCGUGACUGUCUUGUCUUUAUUGAAUAUCCGAAAGAGAUUGAGAUGCUGCCCCAGAGGGUAUACAAUAUGAUAGGUUUAAGGAAUAGGAAAUUUGGAAGAACCUACUUUGCGUUGUACGUUCUGAACAGUUCAGGUAAAUAUCUAUUUGCUGAAAGGAAGGAUGAAUUUUACCCGCUUCAUUAUAACCGUAAGCAACGUAGGCAGGAAAAAUAUCUCUAG